AUGCCAAGCAAGAACCAUACAAGCAACCCUGAAAUGGUCCUUUUGGGUAUCUCUGCCCUACCUGAACACCAAAGUCUCCUCUUCUUGCUUUUUCUCUUUGUCUACCUGUUGACCCUACUAGGAAACCUUCUGAUCAUCCUGCUUAUCUGCUUUGAUGACCACCUCCAUCACACUCCAAUGUACUUCUUCCUCAGCCACCUCUCUCUGGCGGAUGCCAUUUUUGCUUCCACCACUGUUCCCAAGAUACUGUCAGAUUUGUUGUCGCAAACCAAGACCAUCUCCUUCAAUGGGUGCUUGAUCCAGAUGUAUUUCUUCUUGACAUUUGGCAACAUUGAUAACUUCAUCCUGGCCUGCAUGGCUUAUGACCGCUAUGUGGCCAUCUGUCACCCACUGCACUACACCACUGUGAUGAGCCACAAGUGCUGCCUCUUACUGGCAUCCGGGUCCUGGAUCAUUUCCACUCUCCACUCCUUGCUCUACACGCUUCUGGUAUCACACCUUUCUUUCUGCGCCUCUUGGGAGAUCCCCUAUCUCUUCUGUGAUGUCUAUCCUCUUUUGGAGCUGUCCUGCUCUGACACAAGGCUCAUAAAGAUUCUGGCACAGACAGAGGGUGUGGUGGAUAUUCUAGGACCCUUUGUUCUCAUCCUCAUCUCCUACAUCCAUAUAUUCUGUGCUAUCAUGAAAAUCCCAUCCACUACUAGGAAGUGGAAAACCUUCUCCACCUGCGGCUCCCAUUUGGCUGUAGUGGUCUUAUUCUACGGCACCAUCAGCUGCCUCUAUUUCCAGCCUGCCUCUGCUUACUCAGCCCAGAAAGGCACCAUCGCAUCUCUCCUGUAUGCAGUGGUCAUACCUAUGCUGAACCCCUUCAUUUAUAGCCUGAGGAACCACAACAUAAAAGCAUCUGUGUUGAGACUUCUUGGCAAGAUCAGAGAUGUUCUGAGGAAGAACCAAGAAGAGGCAUAA